UUCGUUUGUGAAGAUUUUAUUUUUAUCAUAUUUUAAUUUGCUAUUGUAUUUCAUGGAUUUGUAUUGUUAUAAAUAUCAGAUGUUUGUUGAUAAUGGGUGCUUUAAGUUCAAGAAAAUUAGAUAGUCAACAUUAUGGUCAAAGUUGAUUAUCAAUCAUUUGGUAGUUUAAAGGGCUUUGCACCUAAGACUAGGGAGACUGUGAGUUUUCACUUCAUGGAAAAAAAAAAAAAUCUUCUUUUUGAUAAGCAAUGCUUCAUUAAUUAAUAAGCUUAUAGAGGGCAGCGUGGUGCCCUAAGGUCCGGCUAUGUGCAGGUUCGGGGAAGGGUUAACUACAUGUACACAAUCUGACUUUGCAUUUCUGAGGUUGUUUCCAUGGCUUGAACUUGUGACUUCCUGAUUAUAUUGCGACAACUCUUACCUUGGCUCUAGGUGUGUCAAAUUGGGGGGUUGGGCUGGUCAAAAUGCCGCGUAAAUAAAUGGGCGGAUUAGGCUGAAAUGGGCUAAGAAACGGGCCAUAGCCCAGCCUGCCCACAAGUGGGGCAUAUUUUUUAAGUACCUAAUAAAAAAAUUCUUUCUUUUCUAUGGCUUAUAUAACAUGUCUAACAAAAGAAUAUCUCUUUUGAAAAAUAUUCUGAUAAGAUUUCUCUCGAGUCAAUUUGGGCUGAAUUGGGCGGGUCAAAAUGAGUUGAGAAACUAAUUUGAGCGGGUUAAGGACCUGCGCAAACUUGAGCGGGUUGGGCGGGUCAUGUUUUUAUGGGCUACUUUGCCAUCCGUACUUGGCGAUAAAGACCAUCCUUCAUGACAAAGAAAGCUUAAAGUGAACUAAAUACCACUAUAUCUUCCCUCACAAACUGAUGUCUAGUAACUUAUAUGCAGAGGAAUGAGUGUCGUGGGGGGUUAUUUCUUACUUCAAUUUAUGCAAGAAAUGUUUUCAUUUCCUUCCCACUUGGUUCCUAGUCUCGCUCCUUGAUCAGUUUGUGAUGUGAAAGUUCAGGAGGAAGAUAGUCAGAGAGGGUAAUAAGGUAUUUACAUUGUUUGAUGUUUAGGUCUUGGAAAGUUGUGACACAUUAUGGAAAUUGGUACAUUUUAGAUUCUUCAAUACCCCAAGCCGUGUUGUCUAAUAACUUCUGAUAAAAAAACUUUUAGGCCUUCGAGAGGAGCGUUACAUACUAUUAUUAUGUACGAACUUUCAUUUCUCUUUUUCUCCAGAAGGCCAUUUAAGUUAUUGUUCAUGGUUCUAUGUAAAUGGACACAAAAAAUUAUGGUUAUCUUUUUCUCCAUGAUUCUCUUUGUUUGCAGGUUUUCGAUUCUGGGGUUGUGGAUAUGGAUUAUAGGACAGGCGAAUCAUUGGAUGCUCUGCAUUCAGCAGAUAUGAAUUCCGACCCUGGAGAUUUUGAAUGCAAUAUCUGCUUCGAAUUGGCUCAAGAUCCUAUAGUGACUCUUUGCGGCCACCUUUAUUGUUGGCCAUGUCUUUAUGAAUGGUUACAAGUUCAUUCACAUUCCCACGAGUGCCCAGUAUGUAAGGCUCUUAUAGAAGAGCACAAGUUAGUUCCAAUAUACGGACGAGGCAAAGCAAGUUCUGACCCAAGAUCUCGGUUAAGACCAGGAAUCAAUAUUCCUAAACGUCCAGUGGGACAGAGACCUCAAACCGCUCCAGCUGUUAAUAUGGACUAUCUCCGACAUGAUGAAUUGGAUCCCCUAGGGGGAUUCAUGCCCAUGCCAAGUGCAAGGUUUGGAAACUCGACAUUAUCUGCUGUUUUUGGAGCUAUUCCAGCUUUUUUUAACCUUCAUGUACACGGAUUUCAUGAUGCCACUGUUUAUGGGGCUACUACAGGAGUUCCAUACCUCUUUUCUGGUUCAUUUCAUGGGGGUUAUGCUCAUGGUUUCCAUCACUCUAACCGCCUAGAUGGGACUAAGUUCUUUAUGAAGGUGCUUUUCUUGAUCGCCGGUUUCCUCUUAAUUGUUUCCCUAAUUUCGUGAAAUGUAUAUCCUAGUGUGCUAGACCUAUAUAUGUGUAGUAAACCGGUGCAACUAUAUUGCACGUCGUUAGGAGUUAGGAUUGUGUAUUUAAUGUUAUUAGCAUCAGAAACUACACGAAGUUUUUCUCUCCAAUAAAAAAAUGGUGGAACUUCUCCUUCAAAUUGUUCUGUAACUAACAAGAGGGUGAUGCUUGGGCCUGAUUAAGUGAAUUCUUGAUUCACAUC